AGUUGCUUCCAAGCGGCGGCGGAGAAGGGUAGCCUCAGAAGUAGAGGAUGGAGACGGUGACGGCGGGGGGCAGGACGGGCACCACCGAGCGGCUGGGAUGGUCGCUGCUGCUGCUUUUGGGGCUCACCGGCCCCGCGGCGACGCUGGCCGGCUACAUCGAGGCACUUGCUGCCAAUGCCGGCACAGGAUUUGCUGUGGCUGAGCCUCAGAUUGCCAUGUUCUGUGGUAAGCUUAAUAUGCAUGUCAAUAUCCAGACUGGAAAAUGGGAACCUGAUACUUUUGGGACAAAGAGCUGUUUUGAAAGGAAAGAAGAGAUUCUGCAGUACUGCCAGGAGAUUUAUCCAGAGCUUCAGAUUACAAAUGUGGUGGAAGCCAAUGAGCCAGUCAGCAUUGAAAACUGGUGUAAAACAGGCAAGAAGCAGUGCAAAGGCCACACCCACAUUGUUGUUCCCUUCAAGUGUCUUGUGGGUGAGUUUGUCAGUGAUGUCCUCUUGGUUCCAGAAAAGUGCCGAUUCUUCCACAGGGAGCGGAUGGAUGUGUGUAAAAGUCACCAGUACUGGCACACAAUAUCAAAAGAGGCCUGUUUGACUGAGGGGAUGAUCCUGCACAGCUAUGGCAUGCUGCUUCCUUGUGGAGUAGACCAGUUCCAUGGCACAGAGUAUGUGUGCUGCCCUCAGGCCAAAAUUGUUGAUGAAGCUCUUUCCAAGGAAGAGGAAGAAGAGGAGGAGGAGGAAGAGGAGGAGGACGAAGACUAUGACAGUUACAAAAGUGAGUUCCCCACUGAGGCAAAUACAGAAGAGUUCACAGCGGCAAUAGCAACAAUGGAUGACGAAGAGGAGGAACAGGAAGAAGAUGAGGAAGAAGUGGUGGUAGAUCGGGAUUACUAUUACGAUGGCUAUAAAGAUUACAACGAAGAGCCUCCGACAGAACCAAGCAAUGAGAAAUCGCUUGCUGAGAAGGAAAUAAUGAGUGAUGUGAAAGCUGUCUGCUCCCAGGAGGCGAUGACAGGUCCCUGCCGGUCUGUGAUGCCUCGUUGGUACUUCGACAUGUACAAGAAAAAGUGCAUUCGCUUUAUAUAUGGAGGCUGCGGAGGAAACAGGAACAAUUUUGAGUCAGAGGACUAUUGUAUGGCUGUGUGUAAAAAGAUGAUUCCUCCUACUCCUGUGCCUACUGAUGAUGUGGAUGUCUACUUUGAAACACCAGCCGACGACAAUGAGCAUGCGCGUUUCCAGAAAGCAAAAGAACAGCUAGAGGUUCGACAUCACAACCGCAUGGAUCGGGUGAAGAAGGAAUGGGAAGAAGCAGAGCGCCAGGCUAAGAAUCUCCCAAAGGCCGAGAGGCAAACUCUCAUGCAGCGAUUCCAGGCAAUGGCUAAAUCUCUAGAGAAGGAAGCAGCCAGUGAGAAGCAGCAGCUGGUGGAGACUCACCUCGCUCGUGUGGAAGCCAUGCUGGAUGACCGCCGUCGCAUUGCCCUGGAAAAUUACCUAGUUGCUCUGCAGACCGAUUCUCCGCGGCCUCACCGUAUCCUGCAAGCCCUGAAGCGUUAUGUCCGGGCAGAGAACAAAGACCGCCUGCACACGAUCCGCCAUUACCAGCACGUUUUGGCUGUUGAUCCAGAAAAGGCAGCGCAGAUGAAAUCACAGGUGAUGACGCAUCUCCAUGUGAUUGAAGAGAGAAUGAAUCAAAGUCUGUCCCUGCUCUACAAGGUACCUUAUGUGGCAGAAGAAAUCCAAAGUGAGAUUGAUGAGCUCCUUCAAGAGCAGCGGGCUGACAUGGACCAGUUUACAUCUUCCAUCUCCGAAUCCCCUGUGGACGUCCAUGUGAGCUCUGAAGAGAGUGAAGAGUCUCCCCUUUUUGAUGGCAAGCCCUUCCGUCCAUUCCAGGUGAAAACUUUCCCAGCCUCAUUGGAAAAUGAAGAUUCUCAGCCGGAUUUGUACCAUCCCGUGAAAAAAGGAUCUGGCAUGGCUGACCUGGAUGGACUGAUUGGGGCAGAAGAGAAAGUAAUCAACAGCAAGAACAAGCUGGAUGAGAAUGUGGUAAUUGAUGAAACCCUUGAUGUGAAGGAAAUGAUUUUCAAUCCUGAGCGAGUCGGUGGACUGGUGGAUGAGCCGGAAAACGACAACGCGCUCCGUGACGACUUCAGCUUCAGCAGCAGCGCUCUCAUUGGUCUCCUAGUGAUCGCUGUUGCCAUAGCCACAGUCAUCGUCAUCAGUUUGGUGAUGCUGAGGAAGAGGCAGUAUGGAACCAUCAGCCAUGGGAUCGUAGAGGUUGACCCGAUGCUCACGCCAGAAGAGCGGCAUCUGAAUAAGAUGCAAAACCAUGGAUAUGAGAAUCCAACUUACAAAUACUUGGAGCAGAUGCAGAUUUAGAAGUUGUUGAAACUACCACAGCCCUGACCAGUAAAGGAUCAGGGUAGGAAGGGCCAAAAAUGGUCCAGUAUUUUGGAUCAGCUGCUGACCAACUUUUGCUUGGAGAGGACUUCAUAUUACAUUCAGAGCUCCUGGAUCAUUUAAGACUUAAUUACUACUGUAGAGUUGCAAAUUCCAUUCUUUUAAAUGGGUGAGGAAAUGAUAAUAUAACAAUAUAUGAUAUAUAAACCUUAAAUGGGAAAAUGGAUCUAUUGCAGAUAUUUGAGAUGUAGUUUUUUUUCUUUUUUAAAGAAACUUAAUCUAAUGAGAGAAAACCCCAGUGCUGUCGUAUUGUCUGAUAACAAACUCUCUGUAUAAAUGAGAAAUGUUGUUUUAUUUCUGAUAUACCACUUAUAUAUUCAAGGUCAUGUACCAACCGCAUUGUAUAAACAAGACAUUUGUGGCUCUUUGGUCAUUCUGGCUUUUAUACACACACACACACACACACACACACACAAGCAGUAUUCCUUUUUUUAAAAUAAAGUUUUCACCAAAAGUCACCCCAAAAAUUGAAAUAUUGGGGUUUAGGGUCUUUGGGAGACAAAUAACCAGGGAAGCAAAUUCACAGUAAUGGAAACCUUAUAUAAAUUCUCAGAUGCCAGUGACCUGUGCACGUCGUCUUCUGCUGCUGUGUGGCUUGGUUUUCAAAAAUCCUAGACCCUGUAGAGGUAAGGAGAGGAAAUGCUUCUGCCUUAGUGAAAUAUUGGGACCUGGUUUGUGCAGAUGGGGAUUGCAUACUUUGCCAACUUUCUGAACCUGGUCCUUGUAGAAUUGGAAGCCUGCAAUGUACGACUUCAAAUCCUCUCCUUGCUGCCUCAGCCAGCCUCCCUUGGCAGCCACUAUUGCAAGAGAGCCCAUCUUUGUUAAUGUACCCCAGGCCCACUCCCUUCCUGGUAAAUCAUGACCGUUACAGAUUAGGGAGGCUGCUGUGUCUUCCCAAGGAAGCUGGAGUCGACACUGGGGUGUCUUCAAAUAGCCCAGGCAUUUGGGGGAGCCCAUGAAUUAUUGCCACUUUGCUCUCCAUUAUGGGUGGGGUUAGGGAGGGUAGAGGGGAUAAUGUCUGAGCGAUGGACAAGGGAAGGGAAUUUGUGAAGCGUCACGGACACCGAUCCGUUCACCACCAUGUCUUUGUAAUGCUUGUAUAGUUGGUGUUAAUGCUCACAGCUUUUUAAAAAAAAUUCUGGAGGUUCUGGUAACCUGUGGUGUAUUAUUUUAUUUUCUGUGACCUUUCUUUUACCCUCCAUCCCUUACCAUGUCUCUUCCCACUAUGCACAGAUUUACUUAACCUGCAAACUCCUUAGUGUGGUCUGUGGGGAAUGUAAAAAAUUGGAAUCACAUCAAUAAACACUUUAACUUCCA